AUGCCACAGUUUUCGGAUCAAGUGGACAAGACGCCACAACACGACCGACUCCUCUGCAAAAGAUUAAUCUCUUAUAUGUCACAAGCGGUUUGGGUCCGACGGCCACCCCGUCCAACUACGCCUGAUAGAUGCAACAAGAAGAAGAAUAAGAAGAAGAAGACAACGGCACUCCGAGGCCAGCUGACUGUGAAUUAUGGUUAUGGAGAUAUUCUUGAUGAGUUGGGUACAACAGAGCAAGAGAAAAACUUUAUUCUUGAAAACGUUUACAACGAAAAACAGAAAAGAGAAACGGAAUGA